AUGCUGUUGCUGUCGCGCGAUUCGUCUGGAUGGCCUCGUUCCAUCCGAGUGCGCGAGUGUGCUCUCCAUGAGGGUCUGAAGCGAAUUUACAAAACCAUUCUAAAGCAAGUCAAUAAUUUGUUUCCAUCAUAUCUAUUUGCCUGCAGUGAGAGCUUGUAUGAACACGACAAUUUUGACCAGAGACAGCUAGCUGCAUUAGUUGUUUCUAAGGUGAGUAGUUGUCUUAUCUUCUCCCAUGUAGCUGUAGUGUUGAUUGUGCCGACAGUACUUGGAGCACAGCCUCCAUCCAAGUCGCACUUAGCAAUUCUUGUAAAUGAUGAGAAUAUAUUGAUUGUCGAGAAGGGUGUUUCCUUGAAUGAUUCCAUCUGGUUCCUUAAGUUUCAAGUAAACUUGACUCCAGAUGAAAUCAGCUACGGUGUAGGGACGGCAGCAGGGAGGGACAUCAGCUACGGUGCGCAAGAGGGAGCAGUCCUUGCGACUUGUGUCUUUUUUAUCUCUUCGGAGAGGGGAGUGGUGUGGGAGGAGAGUAUUGUGAUGGCGCCCAAAAACUCGCGGUUCGUGUUCCUCUCGGCAACUGUACCUAAUGCCAAGGAGUUUGCUGAUUGGGUUGCCAAGGUACAUAAGCAACCUUGUCAUAUAGUAUACACCGACUAUCCACCUACACCUCUCCAGCACUAUGUAUUUCCUGCUGGAGGUGAUGGCUUAUACCUGGUCGUUGAUGAAAAUGGCAAGUUCAGAGAGGACAGUUUUCAGAAAUCUCUGAAUGUCCUUGCCCCUGCUAGUGGCAAUGACAAGAAGAGGGAAAACGGUAAGCGGCAAAAAGGCGUUGUCUCGGCAGGCAAAACUAAUGAAGAAAGCGACAUAUUCAAGAUGGUGAAAAUGAUAAUUCAACGUCAAUAUGACCCUGUGAUACUUUUCAGCUUCAGCAAAAGAGAGUGUGAAUUUCUUGCCAUGCAGAUGGCCAAGAUGGACUUGAAUGGGGAUGAUGAGAAAGUGAACAUUGAAACCAUUUUUUGGAGUGCCAUGGAUUUGCUUUCAGACGAUGACAAAAAGCUUCCCCAGGAUUUAGUGUCAGCUCCUCGGCCGUGCUCCCCUCCUGUGAGGAGAGUCACAGCUACCGAAGAUGAGAAGGAAAAUGCCAUGGAAUAUGGACUGCCUUCGUCGCAUGCUCUCAAUACCGUUUGUUUGAUGGGGUUCGCAGCAGUACCACAAUACUCACAAAAGAGUACAUUGAUGCAUUACCAAAUGGCUGGGAUGGCGCAGGAUCAACAAAGGAAUCCUUCUGUGGAUUUUUGGACUAUUGACUUGAGGGACGCUGCAUUGGCUCUGGCAACAAUCAGUGGAGAGGGCAUAUCUGAAGAAGUUUUGAGCAACAUAUUCAUGAAUUCUGCAUUGGAAAAUGAUGUCUUUUGAAAUCAUGCUGGUCCUCGGUCAUUUCCGACACUUUUGACCUUUGAGCAGCAUAUGCAGUGGCAUAGAACGAUUUGAACAAGCCUGGUAGGUAUCCAAAGAACAAGCAAUGAAAUUGAACCCAUUUUUUGGAUGGGGUCAAAGAUCUAUAGGCUGGGAUGACUGUUGUCACUGCCCUAUAGAUUUGGGUUGUAUCGUUGUGUAUUAUAUUUGCUAUGGAGCUAUGUAUGUAUGGAUGCUAUGGAACUAUAUGUAUAUAUGGAUGCUAUGGAA